ACCUCUGCCUAGCUGCUUAAGAGAAGUGGAUUGUGAAUUUGAGCCUUUAACUUCAGGCUGUCCCCAUUACAACAUCCCAUCUUUGGGAUAGAGAGUGGCACUUGACCUCUUCAAGGGAAUGCACCGUGACAUCAGCAAUGGUUGACACUGGCGGCCCUCGCUUGGCGUUCGACAACAAUGGAAUAAAAAAUCAGGAGGAAAAUGAGCCAGUCUCUGAAUUCCCAGCAGUGAUUGUGGAGCCAGUUCCUAGUGCCAGACUAGAACAGGGUUAUGCUGCUCAGGUCCUGGUUUAUGAUGACGAGACUUACCUGAUGCAAGAUGUAGCAGAGGAGCAAGAAAUUGAGACUGAAACUGAGGAAACAGUGGAGGCCUCGGUGCAUGGCAGUAAUGUGCACUGCACGGACAAGACCAUCGAAGCCGCAGAGGCCCUGCUUCACAUGGAGUCUCCGACCUGCCUGAGAGAUGCCAGGAGUCCGGUGGAAGUUUUUGUCCCUCCUUGUGUGUCAACCCCAGAAUUUAUCCAUGCUGCCAUGAGACCAGAUGUGAUCACAGAAACUGUGGUGGAGGUUUCUACGGAGGAGUCUGAACCGAUGGAUGCGUCUCCUGUUCCAACAUCCCCGGAUAUCCAUGAGCCAAUGAAAAAGAAAAAAGCUGGCCGUAAACCAAAGACCCAACAAUCAGCUAUUUCCGAUGGGUCUCCAGACCUAGGUGUAAAGAAGAAACCCAGAGAAGGCAAAGGAAAUACAACGUACUUAUGGGAAUUUCUUCUGGACCUUCUCCAGGACAAAAAUACUUGUCCUCGAUAUAUUAAAUGGACUCAGCGAGAGAAGGGCAUCUUUAAACUUGUGGACUCAAAAGCUGUCUCCAAACUAUGGGGAAAACACAAAAACAAACCUGACAUGAACUAUGAGACUAUGGGAAGAGCCCUGAGAUACUACUAUCAAAGAGGAAUCCUUGCAAAAGUUGAAGGACAGAGGCUUGUGUAUCAGUUUAAGGAGAUGCCGAAAAACAUAGUUGUCAUAGAUGAUGACAAAAGCGAAUCUUGCAAUGAAGAUUUGUCAAUGCCUACAGAUGAAAAGUCUUUGGAGAGAGUGUCAUUAUCUGCAGAAAACCUCUUAAAAGCUGCAGCCUCUGCACGUGGAGGAAAACACUCCUCUCAGUUAAGCUGCACCAGACCAGAAAAGGCAGUCACCAGAGUUGUGAACAUUGCCUCACCAGUGCACGAUACUUCAUCAUCAUCAUCUCGCCCCUCAACCACCACUACUACUGUCCCAGCAACGACAGCUCCCAGGACUGUACGUGUGGCUAUGCAAGUGCCUGUCGUAAUGACCUCUCUAGGACAGAAAAUCUCCACGGUGGCAGUACAGUCGAUAAACACCGGGUCGCCGUUGAUAACCAACACCAGCCCAACCACAGCGACAACUCCAAAGGUAGUCAUCCAGACAAUCCCUACCGUGAUGCCAUCCUCUGCUGAGAACGGAGACAAAAUCACCAUGCAGCCUGCCAAAAUCAUCACCAUCCCCGCCACACAGCUCACGCAGUGCCAGCUGCAAGCCAAGGCAGGCCUGGCUGGCUCGGGGAGCAUUAACAUCGUGGGGGCGCCCCUGGCUGUCCGAGCACUGGCGCCCGUGUCCAUAGCGCACGGGGCGCCCGUCAUGAGACUCUCGGUGCCUGCUCAGCAGGCGGCCGGUCAGACUCCUCCGCGGGUUAUCAGUGCGCUUAUACAAAGCCCAGAAGCGAAAUCAGACACGGCAGCUUCGAAGCAGGAGCACGAGGUGAAAACGCUGCAGCUCGUGCAGGAGGAGAAGCCAGCGGAGGGGGGCAAGACUGUGACUCACGUUGUCGUUGUUAGCACUCAGCCCUCAGCCAUCGCCCUUCCCGUGGCUGUGAAGACAGAAGGAAUCGUAGCGGGCGAGAAUCUUGCAGGCUUUCAGCCUAAGAUAGCUGAUAAUGCUGUGGAAAUUUGGGACUUGUCACUACUCCGAGUGCCUGACUGCAGCUCUUCCACACAGUAUACUCAAGUAUUUGAGCAGCUUGCAGUAGUUGGUAUUGUAUUGAAAAGUAAGCUACGUGCACAGCAGAGUCAUAGCAGUAAGCCUCAUUCUGCCCCUCAAAAGCUCGAGACAGGAGUUCACAUCGUGGCACGCGCGCGGGGAACGCAGGCGCGCAGGGAACGCAGGCGCGCGGGGAACGCAGGCGUGCAGCUCCAAGCGCUCCUUGCACGGCCCCUGGCCGCGCUCCGGAGGCUCCUUGUGAGGCACACGGCCCCUGGCCGCGCUCCGGAGGCUCCUUGUGAGGCUCCCGGCUGCUGCUGCGUGAGCCGCGUGCCGCCGCUGCAGCGCCCACGGUGCUGGCGCGCUCUCAGCUGGCCGCGCGGCGAACAGCGCGUGCACACGCUGCCGGAGGACGUGUCAGGAGCCCUGAGGACCGCACUCGACACGGGGGCACUGACUGGCCUGGAAAGGGUGCCCACCCGGCUUCCAAGGACUAAAUCCCCUUCUGCUGUGUGUGUGUGUUUCCAGGUGUGCCCCUGCGCUUCCCGCUCUUCACUGCUAGCUGUACAUGCGGACGGGCUUUUAGUCAGGGAGCGAUUGCAGUUUGUGCUUUAG